UGCUAUAAAAUCAUACCCCAUUUAUUAAAUUCAAGAUCAUAGUUUUGGUAGCUCAUCAUCAGGAAGCAAGCGGAGACAUAAUGAACAACAACAACAACAACAACACACCGUUUUGGCCGACAUGGCGCCCUGCAAAUGCCUACCGAGGCUACCCUUCUUACCCCGUCAGCUAUGAUUCUAACACCGUCCAACCCAUUUUUCGUCACUCCUUUUCCUUUCAACCCACCACUGACCCUGUUAGAGGUUCGAGGGAUGAUCCAUGGCGAUUGCUAGGCCUAGAAUCACCCUUUGGCAUUUCAGGUUUCUCAGAUUAUCAACCUGCUACUACUCCGGUAGAAAUUGCAUGGGUAGACACAUUUCCAGCAAGAGCGGUUAACCCGAGAUUUUCAGGGCCCCUUCCAAGGACCCCAACUCGACAAGAGAGUUUGAGAUCGAACGAAGACGAGCAAAAUGAUGUUGUAAGAAAGCUGAAGAAAGAAAUUUAUAAUCCAAUCCCCAAGCAGAUGACAAAGAGAUUGAAUUCGUACUAUAGAGGUAAAAAACAGGGCAAUGAGAAGAAAAUGGAGAUAGAUGAAGAUGGGAAAAGAUGUGCAGUUUGCUUGGAAGAUUUCGAGGCUAGAGAGCAAGUGAUGGUCACUCCAUGCGAGCAUAUGUUCCACGAGCAUUGUAUCCUCCCAUGGGUGAAGAGUCACGGACAAUGUCCAGUGUGCAGAUUCGUGCUUAGCGAGCGGAUUAAACGAACCAAUAGCAAUGUCCAGAAUGUACCUGGAAACGACUUGUUUCAAGGAGAGAUGAUGGCAAUCAUAAGAGCUAUGGAGGAGGCAUUCUUAUGGGGCAAUUCCCUUUGAUCUAUAUGUAUGUCUUAUGUGAUUGGCAUUAUCUAUAGAAUUGUUGCUAUUAGCUUUUCAA